AUGGUUGGAACCCUCCUCCUCAACGCCAGUUUCAGGGUUUUCCCACGAUUAUCAUGCCAGGCCCGAUCCCCUUUACCAGUCAAGCCCACACCCCUCAGAAUACCCACUCCCCAACCUCACUGGGCCUCCUUGCAGGCCGAAGUUGAAGCCCACCUCAGACAAACCAUUCCCAUCAAAGAACCGCUCGAGGUUUUCCGGCCCAUGCACCAACUCGUCUUCGCCGCCCCCCACACCACCGUCCCCACCUUAUGCCUCGCCGCCUGCGAGCUCGUCGGGGGCCACCGCAGCGAAGCCAUGGCCGCCGCCGCCGCCCUUUUACUCAGCCUGGCUAAUGCGCACGCCCACGAACACCUUGAUGACAGCGAGGGGGCGAACAUAGCGCUUCUGACGGGGGACGGGGUGGUUUCGUUUGGGUUUGAGCUGUUGGCGAGGGGCGAAGGGGCGGGCCGUGAGAGGGCGGAGCGGGUGGUGCGUGUGAUAGUUGAGAUAUCACGCGCGGUGGGGUCGGGAGGGCUGAUAGAUUCGCAGCACAUGGCAAAAAAGUUGAGGGCCGAGGGCAUGAAGCGCGUGGUGGAGAAGAGGGACGGUGGUUUGCAUGCAUGUGGGGCGGCGUGUGGGGCGGUGCUGGGAGGUGGGAGUGAGGAGGAGAUCGAGAAGCUGAGAAGGUUUGGGUUUCAUGUGGGGAUGAUGAGGGGAAUGGCACAGAGGGGUUUCGACAAGCUUGACGUGGAAGAACAGAGAAAUCUCGCACUCAAAGAGUUGCACUUUUUCAAGGACACGCAUCUCCAUCUCAUUUCUACUUUUCUUAAUUUCUACUAG